CCAUCCUCUAGUUUUCUCCCAUUCUCUCUCUACAGAACUCUGUUAUUCAUAAAUCACUACAAAUGAACUGAACAACCAACUCUUUAACAAACUCUGUUUGAAUACAGCUGCAGCUCCUUCUUCAAAUCUGACCUAAAAUUUCAGGUUAAAUCGAUUCAGGAAAUCUAUUCAAGAACUGUGUAAUUUCUAAUGGAGGUGCCAAAUCCCGAUCCUAUUCCAUCUGAAACAACGGUUAUUCAAUCUCCUAGACCUCGCGGUAGGCCGCCGAAGCAGCAGAAUACCUCACUUCCGCCGCCGGAAACUGUAACGGAAACGGAAACGGUUAUUCCGUCUGGUAAACCUCGCGGUAGGCCGAAGAAACAGAGAGAUCUAGACGAUCUACAGCCUCCACCGGAGAAGAAACCGAAGAUAACUCCGGUGACUGCGGCGGCGAGUGGCUCAGGGAGAAGAAGAGGAAGGCCGACGAAGGCGGCGAUGACUCAAGCAGCAAAUGCUUCCAAAGCUCUGGUGGUUUGGAAUCCAGGAACAACAUCUUCUUCGCAAGAUCCAUUGACUAAAAAUGUACGAGCUCCACCAAAGCUACGUUUACCAAUUCCAGUUCAAGCUAAACAAUCCGGCCGUUCACGUGGAAGGCCACCAAAGAUAAGAGAUCCAAAUGCAACUCCUGCAACAUUCAUCAUUCGUCCUCGAGGUAGACCUCCAAAAGCUAUAGAUCUAAACGCACCUCCAUCUACAUCAUCAAACCGUCCCCGUGGAAGACCACCAAAGGCUAGACGUCCACGUGGAAGGCCGGCGAAAGCGACAAGUAUAAACACAAACACAGCUCCAUCUACUUCCUUCGGCCGUUCUCCCGGUAGACCUCCAAAGGUUUCGGCUUCUGGUCGUCCCCGUGGAAGGCCAGCGAAAGUUAAAGAUCCAUCAGCUGUUACUGAACCUGCGCCGGCGCCGGCGAGCUCUGGACGUCCACGUGGAAGGCCUAAGAAGGAGAAGAAGGAUGAAGAAGCGGCACCACCGGCAACGCCGUCAAGUCGGCCACGGGGAAGGCCUCCAAAGGCGGUGAAAGAAGUUGCAAAUGAGAAUGAGAAUUUGAAUUUGUAGAGAGAUGGGUAAAGUAAUUGAUCGUUGGUGGUUAAUUUUCAAAUUUUUAGGGUUUUCAGAUUUGGUUUUAGGUAAUGGGGGUGGCGGCUAGCUGAAGUUUUCUUGGUUUUAUUAGUUAAAUCUAGUUUGUCCCUAUCUUCUAGGGUAAAAGAUCAAGAUCUCUGUAUUCGUUUUCAUAUUGUAUCUUCAAAUUUAGAUAUUAAACUUCAUUUUACAAAUAAUUUUAAUUUCAUUGUAUAUUUUACUUUUUUUUUUU